AAACAUAACCGUAAUUCCAUUCAAGAUUUUGCUUUUUUUCAAUUUGUAAUUCGAUUGAAUUAAAAUUGUUUUUAAAUGAAUAUUUGUUUAAUUGGUGUAUUGUACAGCAGGUCAUAAUUUAAUUUUUAUCUCUUGAUCUUUGGUUUAAUAAGGAAAAUAAUGAUAAGUCUAUUUAUUCAAAUAUACUGUUAAAAUAAUACUAUAUUUAUCAGUAAGAUUUGAAAUUCAACGAUAAGUCUGGAAAUUGGAAAUAAUAAUUGACAUUUGUUGUAAUAUCUUGUGAACAUGUCUUAAUGACAAGCUUACCGGAUGAAUAUAAUUUCUAAUUAAACUCAUCAAGAAAAAUAUGUAUCAUUAUAUAUCACACACGUUGUUUGAGCAUAUUAUCAUUGUCAAUCAAAGUGUACACCUGUUGAUUGCUACAAUCUUUGUAGAUUAUCUAUGAGUUACAUUGCAUCAUCUUCUAGUCAUAACAUUUUCCAAGUUAAAAUCUCCAAAGUUUUAUCAGUGCUCCAAUAUUAAAUUUACUAUUUGUUUCUAAAAUUAGUUUGUUGUCAUAAUGGCUGUUACACAGUUGAAAAAUUGUGUAGAGUUACCAUUAAAUAAUGAGGAUUUAAGUGAAAUAAUUGACAAGGCCAAGGAUUACGCUUUAAUGCAUGGAAUGACGAUGCAUUCAAAUAAUCCAUUUAAUCGAAAUUUCGUAAGAAUUUCUCGUUUUACUUUGCUUCCUACAAGUUUUCCGGAAAAAGAAUUUCUCAAAGCUAAAAACAUUCAAAUAACACUCAACAAUCUUAUACACAAAGUUGCAUAUGAUCAUGACUUUCUUACGAGCACUUUGCAAAGUACAAUUAAAGCUGAUGAAUUUACCAGGAAGCUUUAUAAUAUAUACAAAACUGUACAUAAAGAAGGAUACACUCAGACCAACAGUGUAGGUCUAAUGCGAUCUGACUAUCUCUUGAACGGUGAUAUGAAGAUAAAACAAGUUGAGUUUAAUACAAUUUCUUCUAGUUUCGGUGGAUUAGCUCCAAUAACAGCUAAACUACAUAAAUAUAUUUUGACAGAAUUAGGGCAUUCAGACAAGACAAUUAACAUUCCAGAAAAUAAAUCUAUUAAUGGGCUUGCCAAGGGACUAAUAGAAGCAUGGAAAUUAUAUAAAAAUAAAGAGGCUGUGAUAUUAUUUAUUGUUGAAGAAAAUACCAGUAACAUAUGUGAUCAACGAGCUUUCGACUACGUUAUUCAUGAAGUAAAUCCACAGAUUAAAAUAAUAAGAAGAACUUUUAAAGAGAUUAUCAAGCAGGCACAAUUGAGACCAAAUAAAGAAUUAAUCGUGGGAAAAUAUUUAGUAGCUGUUGUUUAUUAUCGUACCGGAUAUGAAGCCGCAGCAUAUACCUCAGAAGAUGUGUGGUCAGUUAGGCUGUUAAUUGAACAAUCAAAGGCAUUAAAAUGUCCUUCAAUUCAAUAUCAGUUAGCAGGAACGAAAAAAGUUCAACAAGUGCUUGCUCAACCAGGUGUUUUGAGACGAUUCCUAAAUGAAGAUGAAGCUACGAGAGUACGUGAAGUAUUCACUGGUCUUUAUUCUUUAGACUUUGAUGAAUUAGGUGAGCAAGCGAUAGAAAUGGCAAUAAUGGAACCAAAAAAAUUUGUAAUGAAGCCACAGCGUGAAGGAGGAGGUAAUAAUAUUUAUGGUGAUGAAAUUAGAUCUAAAUUAGAAGCUAUCAGGAAUUCACGAGAUCGAGAUGCAUAUAUUCUUAUGGAAUAUAUUGAUGCACCACUUCAAGAUAAUUACUUACUUGGUCCUAAUGAUCAAGAACCUCAAAUACAGAGUCUAAUUUCUGAAUUAGGAAUUUAUGGGAUAAUUAUUGGUGAUCAAAAUCAUGUAAGUGUUAAUGAGCAAGUGGGUCACGUAAUUCGAUCUAAGCCAUUUGGAGAAGAUGAAGGUGGCAUUAUUGCAGGUGCAGGAGCUCUUGAUAGCCCAUAUCUAGUUAAGUAGACUAUGUCCUAAAAAGGAUAUUUAUUUUUUUUAAUCAUUAAAAAUAUAUGAUUAAUAUUGAAAUGUUUUCUUGGUUUUUUAUAAAUCAAUUAACAUUCAGUCAAUUUAUGUUUAAUUGAAAGGAAAUUUUCAUAUUUUUACCUUAUUAAAUGAUAAAUAUAUUUAUAAAAAUACAUUGAAGAGUGAAAUUUUAUUCUUUUUUUAUAGAUUAUAAUUUUAUUUAAUUUAGUAACUAAAAAUUAAGUCAAUAAUAAGUAGAAGAUCAUAGUUAGCAUAUUCUCCAAGUUAGAGUCUGAUAGGAUUAAAUUUAAGAGGAUCAUCCCAAGUGUCUGCAGUGUUGUGCAUUUAGGAAGUUACUAAAAUUAUUAUGUCAAACUGUAAUGAUACAUAUUCGUCAGAACUCAGAUCGAUAUUUACACAUUUGACUAUAAAAUAGUGCCUUAGUAUAA